AUGCAAAAUUCCGCAACAACACUGACGAAAAUACCUCCGAUACCAGCACCAAAACCGAAGAUAUGUCAAUUGAAAUAUCAGCAUGGUCAAAUUGCUAAAUUUGGGAAGCUUUCAAGAAGCACUGCUGGUGGCCAGUUACCUCAGCCACCAGGUGAUAGUGAUACGGAUUCAGGCAUAUGCGCGGACUCGGAUAAUCAGUUAUCACCGCGACACAUUAAUGUCAGAUUUCUUGGUGAUAAAUCGAAAAAACUGCAACAUAAAUUUGAAAUCCCCGUGUAUCGUGAGCAUCUAACACCGGAAAAUGCAUGGUAUGAUCCAUUUACGCUCAAGAGAGUGCCCACAAAUUUAUCUAAAUUGUCAUACCAAAGACGCUUACCGGAGAGACUGCAAAUGAAUUGCUAUAAUGGUCAAACAUCGAAGAAUGGAAAACAGUACCGUGUUCGAUUUGCGGAUCAGGUGUCAUCAACUGAUGGCGGUUCGUCGUCCUCUUCAUCCUGCUGGGACAAUACCGAUCUGAUAAGUGUUACUAGUUGCGGUAGCAAUUAUUCCGACUGCUAUCGUUCGUCUACGGAAGCAGCGACAACAACAUCAAUAAUAUCAGCGAAUAAUCCUGAUCAGGUACUACCGACAGUUAUUAGCAGCAACAGCAAUCGUGUCAUCAAUAAGCUUUCAGGCCAACAAUGUGUCAUGGACAACCAGUUCAGUUUUGGUUACAAUUGUCAUUCUCAACCGAAGCAUCAAUAUCAAAUUAAUGGAUCUUAUGAGCAGGACGAUACUACUUCAGCACCUCUACCUCAAUCGCCAGGCUAUUAUUCUAUGGCCAUGACGAGGCUUAGACGUAGCGAUAAUCAAUAUCUCACUCAUUCAAAUGAACCAUUUUUUCGACGUUUCCAUAAUCGUUCGGUAUCGUUACCCCGUGGAAUACAUCGUCAAUCAGUCACCUUAGAAAUACGCCGCGGAUCCAUUGAUUGUAGCAACUCGCAGCACGAUUAUUCAUCAUAUAUGUCAGAGGAUGAAGCCACCAGCAAUGCUUAUUUGAUGCAUAGCGUUGAUAAUCUUAGCAUUACGGAGAGAGGUCAAAGUUCACUUAUGAAUGAUACGAGCUUAGGCAGCGGACGUCGUCUUCCGGAAUUGCCAAUCGAUUAUGUUGCAUAUGAUAGAGCUCUUCAGCAAUCUACCUUUAGUAAUCAAAGGAGGAAGAUACGAAAAGCAGGUGUUAAUGGACGUUCACAGAAUGUUGGUCGAGCAUCUCACUCAUUCGAUUCUAAAAUGACCAGUACAAAUAGCUGUUGCAUUCCCUCGCUUCAUCAGUCUCAUUUACCAUCUGUUCGAGCUCAGCUAAUUGCUCUCGAUCAUAGAGGCUUGCGAAUUGUCUUGAUUGAAAAGCUUCAGCCGGGUCCAUUCGGUUUUUAUGUCGCUACUGGAAUACUUAACCAAAAACAUGGAAUCUUCAUCUCUCGAGUAUCAUUACCUUCAUUGGCACCAGUACUAUCGGUGGGUGAUGAGAUUAUCUAUGUGGAAGAUGAGUUGGUCAAAGGCGAGGAUCUGGAAUAUGUUCAGGCAUUAAUUGCUGGCAAAAGUAGCGUGAAGAUUGUUCUUUUACCAACAGUUGGGCCAAGUAUUUGCUGA